AUGAAUGAAGCGCUCAAAUCAGCGAAUGUGCCACUGAACGUGGUGGAGGGAUAUAUUGGUGAGGUGAGUGUGUCAGUGCCGUGGAGGGAGCUGAAGCAAAAAUCAUGCGAGAUACAGAUCACGGAUCUGCAGCUGACACUGCAGCCGUUAGAGCACAACGGACACGAUAUGAAUCAGGCGGAUUUGGUAUCGUCAAUGCUGAGCAGUAUGGGUUCGCUGGCAUCUUCAAUAGAUAUAGCGAAAAGUUUGAAGAAUGAGGAACUGCAGCAAAAGGACAUUGAAGACUAUGGUGUGGAGCAAUUUGCUGAGGUGAUCGAUUCGAUACUAUCACGUUUUCGUUUGGUAUUUAUGGAUACGACCAUAAGGUUAGAGAAUGAGCCAGAUCCUGAAUCGAGAUUAUGCACUGCGUUAGAAGUACAAAUUGACUGGAUCGAGUUCAUAGACGAGCAGUUGAAUGCGUGUCAAACACACGACGCGCCCAUGGACGCGAUCACAUCACAGCCACACUCUCUAUCGGCGAUUCCCGAUCUCAAUAAGUUGUUCCAUCUGAAAGGAAUUCGAUUCUAUACGGACGUUUUUUCGAGACCAGACAACGAGUUGGUAGCUGAUGACGAUAAUAACUCGUCAUCGCAGGUGAUUACGAGUAUGUAUAUUAGACGAGAGAAGGAACGGACGAAACGGGUUGGUGGCAUUUUUUGGAUGGCUCAGUUGUGUGGUUGUUGGAUUGGUGAGCGGUUGGGUGGUGGUGUGCUGGGUAUUGGUAUUGGUAUGGGUGGUGCGGUGUGGAAGACUUCUUCAAUCGAGAGUGUGACAGCAGUAGGGGACGAUGUAUUGGGUAAUAUGGAGGAGAGUGCGACUAGCAGUAUGCUGGCGCAUUCGUCGAUAUCCGAUUAUCACUCGUGCUACUCGAAACUGGACGCGAGUGAGAUGAGCCAAUUGUCACCUCCAGGGCAGUUGUCACCCAGCAGCGAGGCAAGGCCCGUUGGGCAGUUGGCAUUACCGAAA